AUGCCCAGCUGCACCGCGUCCACCAUGCCGGGGAUGAUCUGCAAGAACCCAGACCUCGAGUUUGACUCGCUGCAGCCCUGCUUCUAUCCAGACGAAGAUGACUUCUACUUCGGCGGUCCCGACUCGACGCCUCCGGGGGAGGACAUCUGGAAGAAGUUUGAGCUGCUGCCCACGCCCCCGUUGUCGCCCAGCCGCGCCUUCCCAGAGCACAGCCCGGAGCCCUCGAAUUGGGCCACAGAGAUGCUGCUGCCGGGGGGGGCCACCCUGCCCACCGACCUCUCCCACCCAGCUGCCGAGUGCGUGGACCCCGCCGUGGUCUUCCCUUUCCCGGUGAACAAGCGUGAGCCGGCGCCGGUGGCCGCUGCCCCCAUCAGUACCCCUGCGACCAGCGCUGUGGUCACUACGGUGUCUGCUCCGAUUGCUGCCCCGGUGGCCGCUCCUGUUCGUGCAGGCGGCCGUCCUGCCAACAGUGAGCACAAGGCCCUCAGUACCUCCGGAGAGGACACCUUGAGCGACUCAGAUGAUGAAGAUGACGAGGAGGAAGAUGAAGAGGAGGAAAUAGAUGUGGUCACCGUGGAGAAGAGACGCUCCUCCUCUAACAACAAGGCUGUUACCACCUUCACCAUCACUGUGCGUCCCAAGACCUCAGCUCUGGGUGUGGGGCGGGCACAGCCUGGCGAGCUGAUUCUCAAGCGCUGUGUUCCCAUCCACCAGCAGCACAAUUAUGCUGCUCCCUCACCCUAUGUGGAGAGCGAGGAUGCGCCACCACAGAAGAAACUCAAGAGCGAGGUUUCUCCACGCCCCCUCAAGAAUGUGGUCCCAGCAAAAGCUAAGAGCUUGAGCCCCCGAAACUCAGACUCGGAGGACAGCGAGCGUCGCCGCAACCACAACAUCCUGGAGCGCCAGCGCCGCAAUGACCUGCGUUCCAGCUUCCUGACCCUCAGGGACCAUGUGCCUGAGCUGGUGAAGAACGAGAAGGCUGCCAAGGUGGUCAUCUUGAAAAAGGCCACCGAGUACGUCCACGCCCUGCAGACCAGCGAGCACCAGCUCCUGCAGGAAAAGGAGAAACUGCAGGCGAGACAGCAGCAGUUGCUAAAGAAGAUCGAACAUGCUCGGACUUGCUAA